GCAGAAUGCAGAAGCACCCUUCAGCAUGAACCCCCAUAGUUGCCGUUGUAAAUUACAGUCUCGUUGAUCUCUUCAACCUAUAAAUCGUUUUUCCCCAAAUUGGCACGUACUUUCUCCCUAAAUUAUUUGGUUUGCAAGUUUAGGUUACGCAGCCGGCCACUGUGUCCGCUGAACAUGGCAGAGAUAAUUGCCAAGGCAAAACAAACGGUACAAUUACUGCUUCAGUGAACUCGUCGCGUGUCUGUUCCUUGGAACGAUCGGGGACUGAUGGAAGUUUCGAAAAGUCUGAUUGACAAGAUAUGCGGCGCCGUUUCUGGUGGCAUACAUUUCGCUACCCCAAUUUCCUCCUCGAGGACAACUGAAGUCGAUCUGGUGCGAGGGGUUCUGCGAAUGUUGCAAGGUUUGUCCAGUUCCCUAUUUUACUGGGACAAUGCUGGACAGGGGUUUUGUGCCAAAAGAGGGAUUUAUGUUUCUCACCUUUCUCUUACGAGUCUGCACGUACUUCUCAAUCAAUUUGUCUAUGCUGCAACUUGUCUGCAACUGGUGGAGAUUGCACUCGAAAAGGUGGAGGCUUCUGCAAGAUCAGCUCCUCCUACUUUGAGGGCAUUUGCAAGCUCUGUUUCUGCAUGGCUUAGUAGGCUACGUGAUAUUGCUCUGAAGGAGGAAUUGAAGAUAAGCAACAGUAGCAUUGCAAUGACUCCAACCCUCUUGGGAUUGGCAAAUUCUUUAUCAAGUUUGUGCUCAGGCGCAGAAUGUCUGUUUCAAAUAGUGCAUGGAGCCAUCCCCCAAUUAUACUUUGAGCCUAAGUCAAUGAUUACAGCUGCAGAAAUUUCUCUUCAUCUGCUCGACCAUCUUUACAAUAAGCUGGAUGAAGUUUGUCUUGUACAGGGUGGAGAGGAAGAAGUGUAUCAGAUGCUUCUUCAUAUAUUUGUCGGAAGUUUGCUGCCAUAUAUUGAGAUUCUUGAUUCCUGGCUUUUUGAAGGAACACUUGAUGAUCCUUUUGAGGAGAUGUUCUUCUAUGCUAAUAGUGCAGUCUCGGUUGAUGAGGCUGACUUCUGGGAGAAGAGCUAUCAGUUGAGAUUAGUACAGCAUCAGAAGUUAGAUGGUGAUCUCUCUGUCCUUAUUGGCGUUAGUGAUCAUAUGACCUCAACGAAUGACAAGAAGGACAUGGGUGUAAGGGAAUCUGUUUCUAUAUCUAGUACUGUGAAAGGAAAAGAACAAAACAAUAGAGACUUGCAAGCUUGUCCUGUUUUUAUUAAGGACAUGGCUAAGUCAAUUGUGUCCGCUGGGAAAUCAUUGCAACUGAUCCGGCAUGUUCCUGUAACAUCCUCAGCACUAUACAGCAAUAGUAGUUACAAUGACAUGAAUCACCGUGGGAGUUUCAAUACUGAUGAUGAUUUGAGUAACACUCAUCGUGGGCAGAGCACAGGAGGGUUGACCUUGUCUGAAAUAUUUUGUGUUUCAUUAGCAGGUCUUAUUGGCCAUGGGGAUCACAUUUCUGGCUACUUUUUGAGGGAUAACCUUUGCAAAACUAAUGUUGUCAGAAACUCACUCUCUGGCUUGAAUAUACGGAAUCUAGAGAGUGGGAGUAGUGAUACUUUUCCACCUCUGAUGUUCUCAGAGAAGAUUUGGCAUAAGCUUGUGGUUGAUACAUCAUUGCAAAAAGGAGUGAUCAAUUUAGAAUCUGCAAAUCAAUAUGGAAGUACUUGUUUUGACUCAAAACAAGAGUAUGUGGCUGCAGACUAUGGGGAUGAGUUGCUUCAGCAGAAGUCGUUCUGUCCUGAGAAUCCAAUCCUUACUGUGUGCCGCAUGCUACUUAUGAGAAAUAGGGAUGGCUGGAGAACAUUAAACUUAUCUAGAAAUUUCAAUCUUCCCCCGUUAAAUGAUGGGGCUUUGCUUAAGGCUGUUUUUGGUCAGGAGCAGGGGCCAUCUUCCGCAGUUAAAGGAACGAAUUAUGCAUUGGGUUUUCAGUUUGGUGAAUCUGAACAUCUUCGUUUGCAAAGCGACACAAAAUUGUUAGAAGUUUUGUUUCCCUUUCCGACCCUUCUUCCUUCUUUUCAGGAUGACAACCGUAUGUCAGAGCUCAUGCCUUUCCAGAAUAACAGCACUCUUGCAUCCAGAGUUCUCAACUGGAUUCAAAAUGUUGAACCCAGAACUACUACACUUCCAGCAGUUAUUGUGCAGGAAUGCCUAACUGUAUAUUUAAAAAAGCAGGUUGAUUGUAUUGGCAGGCUUAUAUUGUCGAAGUUAAUGAAUGACUGGAAAUUGAUGGAGGAACUUGCUGUAUUGCGUGCUAUAUACUUGUUAGGUUCAGGUGAUCUGUUGCAGCACUUUUUAACUGUCAUUUUCAAUAAGCUGGAUAAGGGGGAAACCUGGGAUGAUGAUUUUGAGUUGAACACAAUACUUCAGGAAUCCAUUCGGAACUCAGCUGACGAAAUGCUUCUAAGUGCUCCAGAUUCUUUGGUUGUGUCCAUCACAAAAAAUAAUGCUUUUGAUGGUGAUGAGCAACCUGUUGUGGCUACACUUUCAACGCCUCUUAAAAUUCGUGCACAAAUCUUUGGAAUUGAUGGCCUUGAUUCACUAAAAUUUACAUACAAGGUCUCUUGGCCACUUGAACUUAUUGCUAAUACAGAAGCAAUAAAGAAGUAUAACCAGGUGAUGGGGUUCUUGUUGAGGGUCAAACGUGCAAAAUUUGUACUUGAUAAAGCUCGAAGAUGGAUGUGGAAGGGUAGAGGCACUGCAACAAGCGGCCGCAAGCACCACUGGUUAGUGGAGCAGAAACUACUGCACUUUGUGGAUGCCUUUCACCAAUACGUUAUGGACAGAGUAUAUCACAGUGCAUGGCGUGAACUUUGUGAUGGUAUGGCAGCAGCUGGGUCUCUGGAUGAAGUCAUUGAUGUGCAUGAGGCCUACUUACUAUCAAUUCAACGCCAAUGUUUUGUAGUUCCAGACAAAUUGUGGGCUUUGAUUGCAAGUCGAAUCAACAGCAUCCUUGGAUUAGCUCUAGAGUUCUACUCCAUACAGCAGACGUUGAGUAGCGGUGGAACAGUUUCUGCAAUCAAGGCCAGAUGUGAAAUGGAAGUGGACCGAAUUGAAAAGCAAUUUGAUGAUUGCAUUGCCUUCCUCCUAAGAGUUCUGUCUUUCAAGCUAAAUGUGGGGCACUUUCCUCAUUUGGCUGAUUUGGUUACUAGAAUCAAUUACAACCACUUCUACAUGUCUGAUAGUGGAAACUUGAUGACUGCCUCAGGCUCUGAAACUGUUGCUUCAAGAUUGGGGAAAGCCUUUGCUGCUAAACACACUGAUUAAAUUAGCUUAGCCUUGUUGCUGCUUAUCCUUAUUAUGCAUGGUUGUACAGAUUGUGAAAUAGGAAAGAAAAAGGAUUUUGAAGCGGCUUCACUUGGAGAGUUGGCUAUGAUCUUUGGAAGCCCCUAGCUAGUAGCAGUCAUGAUUGGCUGUAUUAGUCUUUAUGGUGUAUGAGUUCUGAUCUGAAAGUAAACUGCCUGGUGCAAGUAUUUUUGUUGAGAAAUCUUGAGACUUUGAAUAGCAAGGGACAGUCAUUACGAAUUCCUUCUUGUCCUCAACGGGCCUCUAUGAUUCUAUGAAGUCUCUCUUCUUGCUCCUGGAGAUAGUUGUACAGUAUCUACCUGGAAAAGGUUUUUGUAUCCAGGGUUUGUCUGAAUUGAUGAAUCAACCUGUAUGGUUUUGAUGAUCAAGUUUUCAGUUCUCCAUUCAAGACUCGCGUAAUAA